GGUGAAAUGUUAGGAGAGAAUGCUUCUAGGAAUAUGGCCAUACAGCCUUUAAAAUUCACAGCAACCCAGUUAAUCUGGCCAUGAAAGCCUUCAACAACACACAGAAUCAUAGAGUUGAAAGAGACUACAUGGGAUUUGCAGGAAAAGCACAAAUAAAAAAGAUGUGUGUGUUUAAAAAUAUACAAUAGAUGUAUAUUUACUCCAGACUUCCCAAGUGAUGGUGUGCUUGUGUCUUUCAGCCUUGAAAUUAUUUGGGAAGGGAAAGGUUUCUGCUUUUAGUGACAACUGAAUGAGCAAAUUCCCAUCCGUGGCGUCUGGGAAUGCUCUGCCUCUCUUUCAGUUGUGGGCAAAUGGACGACCCACAUCCUGGCCACCAAGAAAAGAGUCUGGAUGAUGGCCCCGGUUUGUUUGCAGCCUCUUUCCUUGACAGUUCUAUGCAAUGCCUUCCCUGCUCCUAUUGUUUCUUUGUGCAGAAACAGUUUAUAGGCCAGUAGGUUGCUGGCGGCGUGCCCGCCCUCUCAUUCUUUCUCUCUUUUUUUCUGGAGCUGUUGUGCAAUCUGUAAUCAUCAGACCUGUUUUGACUGCCUGGCUUGAUAAAUAUUCAGUGUUUACUGACCUAUAUUCCUGCUGCUUGCGCCCAAUGGAUGCUCGUAGAUCACAUGUGAAGGGAAAAGAAGGGGGGGGAGCGUAACACCAUCAAGGGGAGAGCGUGCUACUUUGUACACAUGGCCCUGCUUUCUCGGGCGCGGAGAGCGUCAGCAUUCCUAUGUAUGUGUCACAGUGGCACGGAGGAGGGGUUGGGCUUGCUUUCCUUAUGCAAGCUUCCUUGCUCAGUGGCCUUAUUCCUCAGUAGUCAAAAACGAGGCCAGGAGGACUUGCCCGUUCUUUGAAUCUGUGGGUUUCAAGGUUGAGGUUUCCAGCCUGGCUUUGGGCAUCGCAGCGCUGUGACCGCCACCAUCCCUGCCUCCACACAACAAAGUCCUACAGCCUGAGUGAAUUUGGGUGAGAGAACAAGAAAAGGGAUUAGUUGUUCGUGGGAGAGAAGAAGGAGCCAUCCCGGUUUGAGAAGGAUUUCUGAUGCCUUCUGGGCCUAAUACGGUGGUUGCCACUCGCUCCCUUCACUUACCAAGGCACCUGCCACCUAGGAACAUCGCGUCCCCGCUUUCAACUACAAAUUCUUUGAGGUUUGCUGGAAACUGAAUACCCUUGGACACUGAGAAGGGACGAGCAGAAUCAUAAAUCACUGGAGCCUCAGACUGAAGUAAGGAAUCAGAAGAAACUCCAGUUCUUUUGGGCUUCCUAGAAGAUGCUCUGCUUGUUCUGGACAGUACCUUUCAUACUAUUAGGAGUUCGGAGCCCAUUUGACUGCUACAACCAGAGGACAGUUCAAGUCUGUACUGGGAGUAGUUCCUGUAGCAAUACCGUUUGAUCACUGCUUUGUGUGCAGUGUUGGAAAGAAACAUUUGUUCCAGUAGUGUCUGCAACUUGAGGUUAAAACUUGAGCAAAACUUCUUUGAAACUGAAGGGACGUUGUUCCUGUGCACUCUGUCACCACCCAGCAAUAGUGAUGGAGAAUCUCAGCUCAUCGACGUUGUGUGUGGCAGGGAAUUUCCCUGGAUUCCAUCAGGAUGGCAUGAUCCAGCGAGCCCGGACUCUGAAGGGCAAGCCCAACGCGAACUGCCGGCGAAAACGAGAGUUCAUCUCUGAUGAGAAGAAGGAUGCCUGCUAUUGGGAGAAGCGGCGAAAGAACAACGAGGCCGCCAAGCGCUCCCGAGAGAAGCGGCGUUUUAAUGAUCUGGUGCUGGAGAACAGGGUGCUGGCGCUCAAUGAGGAGAAUGUGCGCCUCAAAACAGAGCUCCUACAACUUAAGCUCCGCUUUGGGCUCAUCAGCACAGCAGCUUUUAUGGAGAAGAGCCAGCAGCUGAGCACGGCCAGUACCAACGCCACGGCACACUUAUAUGAGAGCAAUGAGAGCAGUGACUACUCCAGCUCCCUCUCCCGGGCCCAUCACUCAGAAGACUCUUCCGAAACUGAGCAGUCAAGUCGGGACAGUGGCAGCGUGUCAGUCGCCAAGUAUUCACCCCGGGGUUCCUUAUCGGACAUGUCGGAUGGCUCGUCCCGAGGCAGCCCAGUCCCUCAGACGCUUGGUGAGGCACAAGCCAUUAGCCGAGCUUAUGGGGAGGCUCCCUUGCCGCACAGUCACUUGGAGGCCAAGGGUCCAGUUCCUCGGGGGGUCAUCCUCUUCAGUGCCAAUGGCUUCACUGCAGUAGCACCACCUCGGCCUUUGUUUCCCGAACAGGAGGAGGAAGCAGAGAGCUGUGUUGUUGAACCAGCCAGAAGCCCCUGUCCAGAGCCCAAGGCUCAUUACCAACAGGAAGAGGCACCAGCCCACCCUGGGUAUUGCUCAAAGUCCCAGAGGUAUGGUGCGCCCACUGAUUAUGUGGAAGGAGAGCUUACCCAGACGGAGCACAUGAGGAAAGCCCAGGAUCCCCGGUCUCUCUAUGAGGGCUACACCAGUGAGGAGAGUGGGGAGGAGCCCAGUUGGGCGUGUUCGCCGACAUCUUUCCCGGUGCCCUUGGAGGCUCAUCCAGAUGUGAAGACGGCGGCACUGCCUCAUAAGCUUCGACUCAAGUGUAGGGCCCACAGCAGUGGUGUCCAAGAGCCCUGCCCCGCUCCCAGCACCACACCGACUGACUGCUGCCCGGAGGGCCCCAUGGCACCUGAAUGGGACAGCGACCGGCAUGAGGAAAUGUCUGUUCUGGUGCGGCAAGCGUUGCUCCUCAACGAUCAGUCUCCGUCCUCAGCCGGAACUCUGGAAAGACUUCUGUGUCGCACCUCAGGGCUCCACUUGGACAAUGACCGCAUCAGCAGGUGGGAGGAUGGCUGUCAUGAUGAUGACCCAAGGCCUACUUGAUUUGGGGUGGGAAAGGAUUUACAGGGUUUUUUUGUUUCUUAAAACUGACCAGGGGUAUUUGUAUAAGACAGAAACUCUCCAUGAUGAGACCAGGCCCGGAUUUGGAGAGAGGAGAGGACCUUGUUCUCUCCAAGCUCCAGCACUUCUGGAAUAGAAGAGAAUAGGGAACCACAGAGUGGGAAGGGAUCAUUGGUUGGUUGGUUGAGCUCAUGAAAAGACAGACUGUGGAACUACUGAGUUCGAGAAAAUGGCAGGAUCCCUGGGCUCUGGGAUUCAAUAACAUAGACUGGGUCUCUCUCAUGGAGCCCAGUCCAUCGUUGCAAGAGCUAGUUUGGGAGUCAUGACCAGCAAAGAACUCUGAGAAGUGAGCAUCUGCUCCAAACCUUGCUGGCGCUGAGGAUCUGCAAAAAGCCCAAGUGGGUAGCUGGUGGGUUGCUGAUGGACUAUAUUGUUUUUCUCUGUCUUGGACUGUUUGGUAUGACAGAGAUAUUUGUGUUUUUGAAUACUGAAAUAAAUGUACAAAAAUUCUUUAACAAA